UGCCUCGCUUUGGAUGGAUCGUCCCUUCAUCAAACUCUGGACGCCUACCUUGGGUGGCAUUCAACCCGCUGCAUCAGCACUGUCCACACAACGUCCCCCUCCUCGCGAGAGGCUCAACGUCUCGUAGUUAUCCGAGUGCCAAGGGUCUCAAUGUCGCUCUCAGCCGACGCGAACGAUUCGGCUGGCCAGGUUCCCGUGCUAGAAGACUCUCCGGUACAGACAGAACAAGACAGAAGUAAUGAUAAUGGUUCGGACCAUCAGGCUCCGAAUGAACAUGCUGGUGUCAUUAAUUCGUCUCGCGGACAAACCCCGGUUCCCUCGGGGGAGGGCACUGAGAAUGGCCGAGGGGUACAGACAUCUAGCGAAGAUCAGAAGCAGAUGUCGGAUUUAACACGCUUGACCAAGGAGAUAUGGGACCAUGAGAAUGCACGCGUGAAGAGGUGGCGAAAUGAGAUCAACUCCUUGCUGACAUUUGCUGGUCUGUUCGCCGCCGUGGUCACCGGCUUUGGCGUCCAGUAUUACACCAUGAUGCAGCAACCUGCCGCGCCCGACUACAAUACGCAGAUUCUCGAGCGUAUCUCGCUUCAGCUGGCAGGUCUCGUCAACCAAACGAAUAGCAAUCCCUCGCAACCAUUGCCUUCAUCGCUGCCGCCGUUCGACAUACCCGAAAUAGUCCCCGCGCAUGCAUAUGUUGCGGCGUUGUGGUUUGCGGCGCUAGUUUGCGGUCUUGCUGCCGCAUCAAUCGCGAUCCUGGUUAACCAGUGGGUGAACAACUUGCUGACGCCAGUCGCAUUAUCUGGCACCGGGUCACACGAGCAACUGCGGGUGUGGAAUCUUCGUCAUCAGACUUUCCGGAGCUGGGGAUUAGCAGUAUUCAUCGACAUCCCGUCGGUCUUGCUGCAGGUCGCACUGAUAUUAUUUCUCGUGGGCCUUGUGGGAUACCUCUGGCAGCUCAGCGUCAAGGUCGCCAUGCCAGCACUCGUCCUCGUCGCUGUCCUCCUGUUGUUCCUAUCCGUCACUACCAUCAUACCGGUCUUCCUCGCAUACAGCCCCUUCAUAUCCCCACAGUCUCUUUUCCUGCGCUGGAUCUGCGUGCCCAUCAAGUUGACAUUCUACGGGUCGAUGGCACGGUUCUUCAGCUGCUUAUGGGUCAAGAGCCAACUGACUUACAUCAAUGGCUAUCUCGGAAGCCUGAUGGAUCAACUCCAAAAGCGGCUCGACGACUUGCAAGCCCUUCGAGUAUACGGCUACUAUGGGUGGGCCACGGAAGAAACCGCGUAUCUGCGCAGCGAAGCGGGGCAGGCCAUUGACAAGACCAUGAUCGCAAACGCGUUCUCUCUCGUAAAAGAUUACAACAUUCUUCUUCCGCUGAUACACUCUUCUCUGAAAGAGAUGCAGCCAGACGUAGCGUUCAGCAAUGUGAUCACCAUAUGCAAGCGAAGGCCACCGGUCUUAGAUGGUGACGACGUUCCGCGAUGGCAGCACGAUAUCCGGGACGACAACAUAUUCGUCGACAUGGGCAAGCUCGUCGCAGACUUGAUUGCGAUGCGUACGUGGUCCACGAAUCAAGAUGCCGACAAGAAGAGCCUAGAUGAAGCCCUUGAUGCCUUCGACAACUCACUCGGUGCUGUUCGGGAUGAUACGAAUGGUAUUCAAGUGUAUAUGUGCCUGUUCGAUUUCCUGCGGAACAAGGACCUACAAGACACUGCAAUAGUGACGAGGGUUUUGACACUUAUCUACAACUAUGACAACUUUUUCUCUAUCUCUGCUGAUACCGGUGAGUAUAUCUCACUCUCGUUGACUCGAGCAUUCAAACUGGACACUAUAUAUAGACAUCGAACGAGUCAAAGACGUGAAUUGGUGGACUUACACCGUUCAACCUGAUCUUUCCCUGACAU